UUGGAGCGUAGCUUGGACCCUUUGCACACGCCACGACUGAACCAGCAUCAUGAGCGAGUUUGCGAACCGCGAGUUUGGCGACACCCUCUGCCUCUUUGAUGUCGAUGGCACCAUGACUGUUGCCCGCGCCGAAAUCACCGAGGAGAUGCAAGAGUUUAUGGCUCGCGUCCGCGCCAAGGUCGCCAUUGGUCUGGUGGGCGGCUCCGAUCUCGUCAAGAUUGAGGAGCAAAUGAAGAACACGGCUCGCACGGCCUACGAUUUUACGUUUGCGGAGAAUGGCCUCACCGCCUACAAGGGUGCACAGGAGCUCGAGACCCAGAGCUUCCUGGGCUUUCUUGGCGAGCAGAAGAUGCAGAAACUUGUCAACUUUUGCCUCAAGCACAUCGCUUCGCUAGAAAUUCCCCAAAAGCGUGGCACUUUUGUCGAGUUUCGCAACGGCAUGAUCAACGUGUCGCCCAUUGGCCGCAACUGCUCGCGUGCCGAGCGCAAUGCCUUUGAGGCGUACGACAAGGAGCAUGGCAUUCGCAAGGAGUUUGUGGGUCUCUUGGAAAAGGAAUUUGCCGGCUGGGGUCUCAAGUUCUCGAUUGGUGGCCAGAUUAGCUUUGACGUCUUCCCCGAGGGCUGGGACAAGACGUACUGCCUUCGCCACGUCAAGAACCACGCCAACUUCAAGCGCAUCCUCUUUUUUGGCGACAAGACCUUUGAGGGUGGCAACGACUACGAGAUUUACAACAGCGAGGAGACGGAGGGCCAUGCCGUGACGAGCUGGGAGGAUACCCGUGAGCAGCUGAGCAAGCUUUUUGACGUUCCCAUCAAGGCCUAAGCUGCCUUCCAAAGGAGAGCCCUCUUUACCUAAAAAAAAAAAACAACCAGCGCGUGGUAAUCCAGCACCCGUUGGCCUUUGCCCGCCCCUUUUCCUUUGGGAUCAUACUUCUUGCCUUUUGUACCUCCCUCUUGGGUGCCCGAGUGGCAUCAUUGCGAGAUGCCCGAGUGUGACUUCGUCUUAUUUAUCUGAGCGUGCUCCACUCCUCGUCGCUGUAUCAGCACGAGGUGGCUAAGCCAGGAUGAAUAAAAACGGCGGGCCAAAAUGAGCCAAAAGGGUUACACCUAUCGCGGUGACCGCUGGUUCCUAAGAGAGUAGAGUCGGUCCGUCCUCCCCGAUGUUUCCCACAAUCGAUGACCAAC